AGAAUAUGAACACCAGAGGCUCAACUGUCAUUCGGAGCUCGAGGAGUCUGAGUGGAAGUAAACAACACGAGGCAACGGACUCCUUCUCCUCGCGGAACAACUGGCAGAGCUGAUAUCCAGACUGAACCAACAUGUCCACUCAGGCGGUGAACGGGUCCGUGUCCAGGGGCAAGGUGCUGACCCUGGACACCAUGAACCCCAACGUGAAGAAGGUGGAGUACGCGGUGCGAGGGGCCAUCGUGCAGCGCGCCCUGCAGAUAGAGAAGGAGCUGAAAGAGGGAGUCAAGAAACCUUUCACAGAAGUCAUCAAGGCAAACAUAGGUGACGCCCAUGCCAUGGGUCAAAAACCAAUCACAUUUCUCAGACAGGUCUUGGCUCUGUGUUCUUACCCUGCACUCCUGGAAGACAACAAGUUCCCGGAGGAUGCCAAGCAAAGAGCCCGGCGUAUCCUCGCUGCCUGCGGGGGCCACAGUAUAGGGGCCUACAGUGCGAGCCAGGGUAUCGAGUGCAUCCGUCAGGACGUGUCGCGCUACAUCGAGAAGAGAGACGGCGGGAUCCCCUCCAACCCCGACAACAUCUACCUCUCCACCGGGGCCAGUGACGCAAUCGUGACCAUGCUGAAGUUGCUGGUGUGUGGCGAGGGGCAUGACCGUACAGGAGUGAUGAUCUCCAUUCCUCAGUACCCGCUGUACUCGGCCGCUCUGGCAGACCUGGCUGCCGUGCAGAUCAGCUACUACCUGGACGAGGACAAGUGUUGGAGUCUGGAUGUGACGGAGCUGAAGAGAGCCGUCACAGCCGCCCGGCAGCACUGCAACCCCCGCGUCCUCUGCAUCAUCAACCCCGGAAACCCCACUGGUCAGGUCCAGAGCAGACAGUGCAUUGAAGAUGUGAUCCGAUUUGCAAAAGAGGAGCAUCUCUUCGUCAUGGCUGACGAGGUGUACCAGGACAAUGUGUACGCAGAAGGCUGCAAGUUUCACUCCUUUAAGAAAGUACUGUUUGAGAUGGGACCAGAGUACUCCAGCACCGUGGAGAUGGCUUCCUUCCACUCCACCUCCAAAUGCUACAUGGGAGAGUGUGGAUUUCGCGGCGGCUAUAUGGAGGUGAUUAACAUGGACCCUGAAGUGAAGGCCCAGCUCACGAAGCUAGUGUCGGUGCGUCUGUGCCCCCCCGUCACCGGUCAGGCUCUCCUGGACCUGGUGGUGAACCCCCCCCAGCCCGAUGAGCCCUCCUACAGCAUGUUUAUGAAGGAGCGGACAGAGGUGCUUGCAGCUUUAGCAGAAAAGGCGAGGCUAACGGAGAAGACCUUCAACACAGUACCAGGUAUCAUCUGUAACCCUGUGCAGGGGGCCAUGUACACCUUCCCCCGCAUCACUUUACCACAGAAGUGUAUCGACACAGCUAAGGAGGAAGGCCUUGCCCCAGACAUGUUCUACUGCAUGAGGCUGCUGGAGGAGGAGGGCAUCUGCCUCGUGCCAGGGAGUGGAUUUGGCCAGAGAGAGGGAACUUUUCACUUCAGGAUGACUAUCUUGCCUCCCACUGAAAAGCUGAAGGACGUGCUGCAGAAAAUCAGGGACUUCCACGUGCGUUUCACAAAGCAGUUUUCAUAACGAUCGCCUCAGAAACCAACCCAAUCAGUGCCAGUUUCUUUAAAGUGCCUUUGUGUCGAGGGAGCCGUCCUGAUGUCACCUCGAGGCUGUAUUUACACUACAUGUGAUUUUUUUACAGAUAUUCUCAGUUUUGCAUCAGUUUGGAACUUCUUUGCUGCAUCCAUGUUCAUAAAGCUAGUACAACUUAGGUGUCCUGCUCAUGUACAGCACGUGAAGAUGUGAUUAUUUUCACUAAAUGAUGCACUUUAAAAAAAAUCUAGCUGACCGGUUUGUGAUUCUAUGUCAUUUAAAGAGUAUAAGAGAGUUCAGAGGUCGUGGUGUCACACAUUAAUUUCUCUGCUGCCAAGAACCAUUGGAAAACGAGUUGGACAUGCUAUUCAAUGACAUGUGUGUUAAUUAUUUCCUCACCUGACUAACUUUUGAGCAUGAACCAUGUUACUGAGUCCUGAAGGAGCAAUCCAUGAUUUAAAGCCUGUCUCAGAUUGUAGACAUGUGUUUUACUAAUAUUUAAAUUGUUCUUGCAUGUUAUUAAACCCUUUCAAUCUG